CCGAAGAUGGACUGUGACUCGUUUGUUGGUUUGCGCCUCGGGUCGAAGAGAUUGCGGUCGAGACGGCUUUGGAGGCACCACGAUCGUUGGCACACCUCGCCCGCGCGGUCCCACCGAUGCACAAACGGUGGCGGGCGCGAAAUUCUCCGACUGCGAGUGGUCGUUUGACGAGGACAUGGUCUGGAUUAGCUAGCCGGGCCUUUGAUGGCAUGGUGACUGCGUCUGUUGGAGGUCCCGGAGGAGAAGCGGAGUUUCGGAAGGCCCCUCCAUCUGGCCCUUGCUCGGUUGCUUCACGUCACGCGGAUCGAAGCUCGACUGCAGAUGGUCCCCACCGGGACUGCAUUGGUCGCGGCCUGCUAGAGCCUCGUCUAGAAUAUCCUCAUGGAACGAAGUCCGAGGACUGCCGGUUCAUCAGAAGCGAGAAGGCAAAUCUGAGCGCAAGAGUUUUUCGUUGGUAGUGGGUAGUGGGUAGUUUUCAGCACUGCGGGUGCCAUCAGCUGAUUAUGCUCCUGUCACCGUGACGUCGUCAGAACCAGUUUGGUUGAUUGAUUCACUGAUUGAUUGAUUGAUUGAUUGAAGGAAGGAUUGAUUGGCUCAUGGCGGUCCCGAUGAAGGGAGCUUCUGUGCUGUGCUUUUCCCUUCUGCUCACGGCGCAUAUGGCGUUUGCUCAAUACAAUGCCUCCGAGGCUCUAACCCCUCCUCUUGGAAACAGCCCGAAUGUGGUGGUCUACACGCGCGAUGGCUACCAGCUCUACUCUUGUCUCAAGGGUACGUGGAGCCUCAAGGGAUCGUACGCGAUGUUGAUGUACGAGGACUCCAAAGCUGAAGCCGGCAAUGUUACAUCUCGAUUCGAUGGAAAUGGCGAAUUGUUCACCUGGACCCUCCUGAACAGCCUCGGAGACGCGGCGGAGUCCGGAUUUUCUGCCAGCAUGGUUUCAGGAAGGCCAUUGGCAUGGGACUAUUCGAACAGGAACAGCCUGGCCAUGCAAUUGGUGGAAUCCACAUCGCACCAGAACCACGGAGCCGCAGCCACCGUGUCCUACAUUCAGCGAUACAGCACGUCCGGUGGAUCACCCCCGCCUGCCAAAUCAUGCAUGGUGGAUAACAGCGUGGUGAAAGUUCCUUACUCGGCCAAGUACUGCCUCUGGACUCAAGAUACUAGACCAGCCUCGGUGCCUCGCAGUCUCGCUGUGCCAAAUGGACGCGUGGUCGAGGGAUUCUUCGCCAAAGGUCAUGUCACGUUCAAGCACAAUGGCAGUGCGUGGGAGGAGGUUGCGAAGUACGCAAAGCUGUACAACAUUCCCGGGACAGACGCCAUCGGAGAGUAUUACGUGUACGGUGAUGAGGAUUGCUGGAACAUAUACAACCCGAACGGAUGGAUGGUGUACGCCAAGCGGGCCAGCAAACCAGUGGAGGUCGUGCGCAACUGCAUGCCAUGGACUUUGCUCUCCGUGACAAACGAGAAGGGCGUCCCCGUGAUGCUGGGCCCCUUCAAUUUUGUGCAGACCACAUCCACGAGAGGGGGCAUCCCCCCAACGACCAAAGCUUCUAAGGGCGCAAUGGCGUAUUCGGCAUACUCCGCAAUAUAUUGGUUCUACACAGAGUAGGCAUCUGAAUCGGUAUCUGAGAUUCAGCUCAUGAGCACUUUAGAAGCCCAUUACCAUCUCUUCCCGGGCCGAAACUAAUCUCGACCCUCGAACAUGCCGAGAGUCCCCAGCAUCGCCAGAAUUCCUAGACGGCUACGAAGUCAGAAGCGGAGAGUCAGGAGCUUGUUUGAGAUGUCCUCCGGCUCGCCCUGUGAUUGUACUGGCUGCCAUGAGAUUGUCACUUCAGGGCAAAUGCUCAGAAGAAAACGUUGCUCGGAGUUCGAUGUCCGAGGCAGAGAUGAUGGAUGGAGGUUCGUAGACACGUCCCUCGGAGAGUCAUGGCCCAGAAUUGGGAACUGUAAAUAUAUUCCCUUCACUGAAAGUAUGAAUAAUAAAUCCUCCCGUGAAAGAAUUUUAGCCCU